GGGCCGCAUUUUUAUAUAUGGUAACUGGUAUGAGGAUCAAGCUGUGAUGGUAGAAAAUAUGCUCUUCCCUAAAGUCUUGGCUAUCAACUGCCCUAACUUUGAUUUUGCUGCUUGCAACUUCACGGAAAGGAAUAUGUACCUUAAGGAUCGUCGUGAUGGUAUGAGUAAAGAAGGUUCAGGACGAGUGGCCAUCAUGCGGGCUACUGGUCUUUUGCGUUCUUACACUCUGGAAUGUAAUUAUAAUACUGGUCGCACUUAUAACCCAACGCCACCAUCUCCACUUGACCAUAGAAAAACCCCACAGAGUCCUCUGACGACCCCUCCCAAAUAUACCCCAGCUGUGUUUGAAGAUUGUGGUCGCCAGCUGGGUGUCAGUCUACUGGACCUGGUGGGCAGUUGCUGCGGAUGGUCUCGACUGCCACAGUCGCAGUAUGGCAAUUUGGCAGGUGUACGAACAUGGCUGCACCAUUUUCUUAGCUCCUCAGCUCUCUCUCCUCGCACACAUAUCACAGGCUCUCAUACACCACGCACACCAGCAUCACGCUCAUCAAAUAAGUUGACAGUAGAGAGGCUUAGUGGUGCUAGAAGUAGUGUUAGUGGGCCAAGACUAGGGCCUAACAGACAAGGUCCACCAAGUACACCUGCCUCUCCUAGACUUCCACGCAGUCAUAGCCAGCGUGUGCGUCGCCAUUCUUGGUGUCUUACUGUUGAUGCCGAAAACCAAGAACCCCAGGAGAAUUCCGAAGGAGCUACACGAUCCCGACCUGCCAGUGCAAAGAAAUCCAUUGCCUCCAGUGGUCUGUCUCCACGAAGUAAGCCAAAGUCACCAAAAUUAAAGACACAAUCUCCUAAGAAGCCGGGAGUAUCUCGAUCCCUCACAUUCACAGAACUUGGUGAAAGUAGUCAUUUAAGUAGUGAAGCUAAACUUGCUAGCAGUAAGAUAACAUCUAACAAACACAGCUUAACAGCUAAUGUAAGCCUUACUCCAAAUUUAAAUGUGAAGCUUUCAAUAUCUGAUACACCUGAAAGUCCAACAUUGGUAAAGAAAGUUGAGAAAAUUAGAAGACAGAGGAGCAAAGGUUUGACUUCUGGUACAAAAAAGUUGAAAAUUUGCCCCAGCUCAAGUUCAAACACUGAGGAAUCAUCACUUAAAAAUAAAGACUCUUCGUAUUACAGUCUUCCAGGUUUGGAAGUAAGCGAGCGCAAAUGUAGCCCUUUGUCGCCUUCUCAGGAGGGAUUUUAUGCUGCAGGUCAGAGUCCUUUGUCACCCCGCUCUCCACUAUCUUCUGUUUGUGAGCCCCAAGCUAGCCACAGUUCUCCAGGACUUGGAAUUAUAACUACUGCAGUUUCUUGUGACCUUUAUGUUCAGCCCAAAUCUCCUGCAAUUGUUACUUCCUCUAAGAAGGUAACAAAGGUCUUAUCCUCUCCAAGUAAGCGUUCCAGUAAACACACAUUAAAGUCACUGUCAAAAAGUAUGGAUCGUUUGCCAGCUGUAGCAGGAGCUGCAGGAGAACGUCUCAAACUUCUACCCAAGAAAGUUAAAAAGAAAGUAGCAGCUCGUAGUGUGACAGAUCUCUCGGGAACUAUAACAUCACAACCCAUCAAACCUGCUUCUUCACAACCAACAUUGGACUGGAUCAUAAGUGAGCCACCACAGGUUAUAUCUGCCGACAUUGAUCCAGUUCCUCCAAAAAUGAAAAAACGAAAGAAAAACAGCCGUAAAUCACUGAUUAUUCUGUUGCUUGAUAGAGAGGCUCAGGUCUAAUCAGAAUCAAAGUUAUGUCAACAAAUGAAUACGGCACAUUUCUGAAGGUAAGAAUCUAUUAGUUAUAUAUUUAUGGUGAAGCACUAAACCAGUAGGGGUCAUACACUGGAAGGUUAAGUACUGUAGUAUAGCCACCCUUUACAAAUAAAAUUUCACUAAAUAUAAUAGGCAUACAAGGUUUGGAAAAAGAUUUUGUCUUUGUAGUCAGUUUUGUGUUUGGACAAAAUAGGACUAGUUUACCUGGUUACAGUACUCUACAUACUCAAUACUGAACUGCAUGUUAAUAGGCAAGUCCUAAACUGGUAAUGGUUAUACUGUGUCUGGGGAAUGGUUGAUAAUCAGACUUGAUCCAAGCAAGGUGAGGGCAGCUCCAAUUCUUUGGAUCAUGAGCCUUUUGCCCACAUCAAGGCACCCUUGAAGGGACUUAAGGAUGAAAUUGGAAUGCUUGGGGAAUGGAGAAGUAUGUAUGUAAGAAGAUGGUGCUGAUCAAUAAUAUUAGCUUUUAAGUGCUCACUUUAUUUUUCUAUACAUUUAUUCUGAACUUAAUGAUGUAAAGCACACAUAAUAGAGUCCGACCUUUUAUUGGAUGACGUACUAGCCUGUAUAAGUCUUUAUCUUAUCAAAACAACCUUCCAGAAAUUUGAUACAGUAUUCAGUUUUCUUAAGACUUGUGAAUUUUUGUCAGAGCUUUAUUUUAUAGGUUCGAUAAAGCUCUGCUUAAAGCAAAACAGUCCAAUAAAAGGCUCAUUUGUUAUGAGUGUUUUGCAUUCCUAAUUUGUCAUCUACUUGCCAUUUUUUGGGU